UAUGCCUAAUGACACAUUUCUGAAAAUCUUAAAAAAGGGCCCAUUCUAGUUGUCAUUUGGAAAGACUUUGGCAGCGUAUCUUACUAGAGUGCUUGUUACACUUCAUGCAUCUUCUAUAGCCCAUUGCGACAUAAAACCAGAGAAUAUUUUAAUAGCCGCAGAUUACAAUUUGAAAUUCUGUGAUUUUGGUUUUGCUCGUAUUUGUAAAGAGCCUUUAAGACCACCUGGAGGGACUCCUGGAUAUACAGCACCUGAGAUGUAUAUUAAUCCAACAGUAAAUCUAUUUAAAUGUGAUAUUUUUGCAUUGGGUGUAGUAUUAUUUAUUGUAGUAAUGGGAUUCCCUCCUUUUUAAACUAAUGAUCCUAAUGUAAAAGAUGGAUGGUGGGGUUUAAUAUAGAAUAAAUAAUUCGAUUUAUUCUGGAGUAAAUGCGAAUAGUUUAGAUAGUAACAAUUUCCAUAAGAAUUCAAAAAUCUAAUAAUGUCUAUGUUAGAAUGUGAUCCAGAAAAAAGGAUAUCAUUACAGAAAUUAUUGGAUCAUGAAUUUUUAUUGAAUGGAGCUUCAGAAGAAGAAGUUUUACAGGAAAUUGAGAAACGAGUGAAAGAAUGAUUUAUUGAA